ACUCGCUGCCAUAAAGCUGUUACAACGGCAGUCCUCAUGGUUGUAUAGCAGUAGUACAUUCCAAAUGAAGUAUAACCUCAUUACAAAGGUUUUGUUAGGUGUUUUUUAACUUACACUACCAGGAAUAUUGUCGUAGAUGUUGCCAGUCAUAGCCAGAGGCAAACUCAGGCUUGACUCACUUUAUAAGCUCUGUAGUUAAAUACCCUGAUGAUCAAAUGAACUCCAGGGAGAUUCCUGUCGUGUUCUGAGGAUUCCGUUUGGUAAAAUGGAGCCAGUGUCAAAACAGCUUAAGGGUAGUACAGUACUGGGGAACAAACAUCAUGAUGUAUGGUCAGGGUAAUGAGCUGGAAUGCCUAGUCAUUCUGAAAAUUAAGUACAUUAAUACAAUAUCUCAGAUCUCUAACUUAUUUGAGAGGCAAGCAACUAUAACCAGGUUAUACUUCUCUAUAAAGCUUUUCUGAAAUAUCUUAUUUCUAUUAAGUAUAAAUAAUGGAAUAUUUCAGAAAAGCUUCAUAAAGCAUUAAAUAAAUGUUAUGCUUAAAUAUAAUCCAAAGCUACCCUUGUUGCAGAAUAUUCUUAAGUGUCCCACCAUAAAAUAAAAGCUCAGUUUCGGAGAUAUCUGAUAAUUGAUUUGUUUAGUGGCAUCAAGCCCAUCAGCUCCUAAAAAUGCUUGGUGAAUGCUACAGUCUGAUAAGUUGAAACCAAUGACUGUAUAUAUUAAAACACUCUAUUAGUCUCGCCCCUUUUCCCCCAUGUCAUUAAAGGUGAGCCUCAGCUGCAAGGCAACAGCCAACUCCCUCUUCUCCUUUCCUUACCCUAAGGGACCUCCAGUCCCAGGAAGGCACCAUUCGUAAACAAAGGCCCUGCUCCAAUACUUUGAAAGGGCAUCCUACCUUCCUCCCCUCAAUGCAAUCACUGAUCAGACUGGGUGGGGGAGAGCUAUUUAGAAAAACCUUGGCUUUCACCUACCCACUAGUGUUACACCAGUGAUUACCUCAAGGAAAAGAGGAACGAAGGGUGCAAUUUGAAAGUAUUUGAACAGGGCCUAAGGUUGUCUUGGAGAGCUUGAUCUCCAAGGAUAUGACAAAUAGGAUUCAACGGGAGAGGGGGAAAAAAACAUUCAGGUGUGUAUCUCCAUCUAAUUUCACUUUGCAACAUGAAGCACAAGGAACAAGGGGCAAUUGGAUUGGAUGCUUAAAUAAUUAUCGAAAAACUCUAACACCAGUACAUGCUUACAGUCAGAAUAGAUAAGUCUGCUCGCAUGCUUCUCUGAUUACUUUUGGAAGCUGAGAAAUUAUUGUGGGUCAUUGUGAGAUGAGAGGGAGGUUUUAGCCUGGGACAGUGCUAGGUGAGGAGGACCAUGGCAUCGCCAAGAGGAGCACUCAUGGAGGUGCUCAGAGGCCAGUCAACUGAAGGACUGAAGCUCAGGUCCAACGUGGUCCGAGUCUUUGUCAGCUCCACAUUUACAGAUAUGAGCAGUGAAAGGAAUGCAUUAUUGGACAAAACCUAUCCUGAACUUCAAGCUUUUUGUCACAGUCUGGGCUUAGUGUUUGAGGUUGUGGAUAUGAGAUGGGGUCUCCAGGAUGCAAUUGCUGUGGACCACAUGACCACAGAACUGUGUCUUCGGGAAAUCGAGGCUUGCAAGAAAGUAUCCGUAGGACCAAGUUUCAUUGCUCUGCUGGGGAACCGGUAUGGCCACCGCCCUAUCCCCCGUGUCCUCCCAGGAAAACAAUUUGAGGUGCUGCUUUCCAAGCUACCACAGGACCAGGUGGGGCUUCUCCACCAAUGGUUCAGGAAAGACAACAACGCCGUUCCGCCCGUCUACGUUCUUCAGCCAAUCACAACUCUGUUGCCCCACUACAAUGACCUUCAGCCUGAGAGAAGGCCGCUGCAGGAUGACAGUGUCAUUUCCUGGCGCUACACAGAGGCUCGAUUAUUGCAGCUCCUACGCACUGCGGCAGUGCAGGCUGAAGAAGACGGGGAUAUAACUGUUGAACAAAAACACCAGUUCUUCAAAUCUGUGGCGGAGCAUGAGAUAGAAGAGGGUCUGCGAAUGCCAGAUGGGGACGAGAGUGAACCCUCCGCCAUCCUCUUUGUGCGGGAGCUACCUCACUUGCGUAAGAAGGAUGGCCCGAAGCGGCUGGCCCAGUACAUGGAUGUGACGGCUGAUGGCCUGCUGGAUACCGAGGCUCAGGACCUCCUCUCGGGUCUCAAGUCGCGUCUCUUCGCUGCCUCGCCGGGCAUCCUCAACCUGCACAGUGUGGAGUUGUGCAAGGGAGCCAUCGAGCCCAGCUGCAAGGAGCAUGCCCAGUACCUGGAGAGCCUCUGCGAGCAGCUCGUGUCCCAGACGAAGGCUCGCAUUGCCAGGAGGGUUGGUGCUGGUUCACCAGUGGAGGCUGGUACAGAGAGGACCAAUGGGGCAAGAGGAGGAGAUGCAAGUCAGAGGAAGGGGGAAGAGGACAGAGGCUGGCUGCUCCAGGAGCUUAGUCACCACAUGGCUUUGAGUGCCGGGAAGUGUUUGGGCGUGUUUCGUGGCAGGGAGGGGCUCCUUGGGAAGAUCUGCCUAGCCAUGUGGGAGCAUACCAACACCCGCCACGCGCCCCUGGUGGUGCAUGGGCCACCGGGUGUGGGCAAGACAACGCUGCUCUGCAAGCUGGCACAGGAGAUGCGUGGCCUCCUGGACCCCAGGGCUGUGGUAGUGCUCAGGUUGCUGGGAACGUCGGCAGAGAGCUCCGACCUGGGCCGUGUCCUCCAGAGUGUCUGUUUCCAGAUCUGCUCUGUGUUCAGUUUGCCACCUCCCACCCCGAUAACAGCACACACGCGUGAGGACCUGGUGAGGUUUUUCCAUGGCCUUCUAGCUGAGGUGUCGGAGCGAGGAGACACACUUCUUCUCAUACUAGACUCCCUGGACCAAUUGUCCUCGGCCACCCAGGGCCAGAAACUCCACUGGCUACCCAAAGACAUCCCCCCCAAUGUCCAUUUGGUGGUGUCCACCACAGAUACAGGCUCUCCAGUUUUGGCUAACCUUCGGAGAACAGUCGAGGUUCCUGGAAAUUUCUUUGAAGUAGAACCCCUAUCAUGUGACCAGGGUAGAGAGAUCAUGAAUGCCUACAUGAGGGAAGCGCAACGAAGCCUGACUCCAGAACAGUGUGAAGUGGUACUGUGUAGCUUUCAGCUGAGUGGAAAUCCUCUGCAUCUGAAGCUACUGCUGGACAUGGCCAGGCGAUGGGCGUCCUAUACCCCCGUGACUGACCUGGCUCUGAGCAGCAGUGCACAGGAAGUGAUGUCACAGCUACUCCAGGCCCUUGAGGAAAGGCAUGGGAAGCAACUGGUCGGCGCAGCUUUGGGAUAUAUCAUUUCUGCUAGGGGUAGUCUAUCAGAGGCAGAGCUGCGUGAUAUCUUGUCCCUUGAUAACAAUGUCCUGGCUGAAGUCUACCAGUACUGGCUUCCCCCCAACCACUCCCUCAUCCGCCUCCCCCCUCUACUGUGGGUGCGCCUCAGGCACGACUUGGGAGAACUCCUUGUGGAGGGACAGGCCAAUGGCGUCACGGUGCUCGGCUUCCACCACAAGCUGUUGACCGAAACUGUGCGAGAGAGGUACCAGAGGUCAGAGCAGCAGGCUGACAGACACAGGGUCCUUGCUGAGUACUUCUUGGGUAGCUGGAGCCAAGGCCGAUUCAAAGCUGUCCUCCUACCUCCACUGACGACCACAUUGGACGCUGACCGCAAGGUGCCCCCUCAGCCCCUGUGGUUCGCUGAAGGAGUGGCAAAUGUCAAGAAGCUGCAGGAGCUGCCCUACCACCUCCUCCACGCAGGCCUCUGGGAGGAGCUGCGCCAGGAGGUCAUUGGCAGUAGUGAGUGGCUGUACUGUAAGACUCUGACCUGUGGCGUGGCCAGUGUCAUUGAGGACCUGACCCUCUGCACCGAGCUCAUGGACUGCCCCGAGACUCAACUGAUCCGAGACACUUUCAUUCUCCUCAAGCCCACCCUGGACUUUCUAGAUGGACAGAUGGGUCAGAUGGGUCAGGGGGGGUGGUAUCGUAGACGAGUGCUACAUGUUCAGUUAAUGCAUGUUCUGUUGGGUUUAAAUCUGCCCGGUUUCAGAAACAUUGACAUUAUACUUGGAUGGGUGAGUGGUUGGGUGAUACUGUAUCAGGAGAGCCUUCUCUUCACACUGUCUCACCAAACAUCUCACUCCGUUCUAAUGCUAUGUUUCCUCUCCAAAGACCCCUCCCUCUUCUACACAGAGGUCUUGGCCAGGCUCCACUCCUUCGCUGAGAUGUACCCUUCACUGAUAGGACAACUCUGCUGCCAAUGUCACGACUGGCUCUCGUGCUGUCCUGACCCCAUCCUGGUCCCCAAGUGCACCUUCCUCCAGCCUCCAGGGGGAGCGCUAAAGACAACGCUUGCUGGUUUCCAGAAAGGGGUCACAGCUCUGGAUGUUUGCCCAGAGAGAGGGCUCCUGCUGGCAGGCUCAGAGGACGGGAUGGUGAUUGCCUGGGACCUCAAUGAUCUAGAGGUCAUCCAAACCUUAGUGGGACACACAGCUAAGGUGCUAUCAGUGAGAGUGAUUGCCAGCGGCGCUCACUGUCUCUCAUUGGCUGCUGACGGCACUCUGAGGAGGUGGAGCCUGCUGAGUGGCAGGCAGCUGUACUGUACCCAGGAGGCGGUGUCCAUUAACUCCUUACCUUCCACCACACACAUCCAUGUGUCUGAGGAGAGGGCGCUUAUCUUCACCCACUCUGGAGGCCAAGUGAAAGUAUGGCAUCUUAACACAACAGAACUACUCUUCCAAGUCAAAGAUACCGGUGUCUCCAUUAUUCUUGGGUUAUUGAACGGAAUGGUCGUCUCCCUCUCAGACGGAGGACUUGUCACAUUUUCCCACCCAUCCGCCGAGGAGAAGACAGCGCAGAUACAUUUGGAAAACUCUUCACAUAGUUUGACCCUUGACGGCAACCCUUACACUGCAAAAACAUGGCCGACUACUUAUAGCAUCAAAGGAGGGCUUCCUCUAUCAGGUUUCCAGCACUGUCAGGGCAGACAGUCACAGUGGACUCUGAGACAGACAGUCACAGAGCUUCCAGUCUGUGCAACCUUCCUCUCUGCCUCAGAUGACGAAGGGAUACUUUUGGCAGGCUGUGAGAGGACACUGGUCCUUUUCCAUAGAGAGUCAGACUGUGUCCAGAGCUUCCUGGAUCUGCACCAUGAGGACACGGUGUUGUGUGCCUGUGUGUCGAGCGACAGCAGAGUGGUCGUCUCGGGCUCUGAGGACCACACAAUACGGGUGUGGUCUAUAACCACGGGAAACCUCCUUGACUAUUUCCUUGGCAUGGAUGCCCCUGUCACCACUCUGGGUCUGUAUGAGGGCACUGUCGUCUCAGCCUCCUCCUCAGCAUACUACCUGAAGCUGUGGCAUCUGCCCUCACCCAACGACCCUCAGCAGAGACCCAAAGGCUGCAUUCCAGCCGGAUGCCCUCAGGUUGCCCUCACUAAAGAUGGCGACACGGUGUACUAUGUUAGAAACGUAGGCCAGAAAGAAGUGAUUACAUGGAAUUGUCACACAGGCUCUUCCACUGACACCAUGGCCGUCUCUGCUGAGGUGUGCUGCCUAGAGCUGGCCCAGCACAAGAAACUCCUCUUCUGUGGCCUCACGACUGGCACGGUCCUCAUCUACCCCCUAGCCUUCCCCAAAGAGACCCUGUGCAUCCCACCUCCUGAGAACCUGCCCACGGUGCGCUGCAUGGCCAUCGGCGGCCAGGAGAAGCACAUGGCCGUGGCCUACGAGGACUCAGUGUGUCUGUUCGAGAUCACGACCAGGGACAGUUUCCCCAGCGUGGAGGGGCCCUCCGCGAGGUUUGCCCUCUCCCUGCUCCACUCGCCCGUCUCCUCCAUGGCCCUGCUCCCAGACUGUAGGCUGCUGUACGGGACAGCUUGCGGGGAGGUCACCAUGUACGACUUCAAGUCCGCCUCAACUGCCACCCUGGAUAGCCACCGCAGCAGGGUCAACUGCGUGACGACCAGCAACUGGGGGACGCACGCCCUAGUGGGCUCAGAGGACGCCGUGCAGAGGCUGUGGGGGGCUGACCCCCCUGGUGCUGGAUCACACCAUGGAGUACAAGGUCAGAGGUUAAAGGGGUUCUUGUUUGAAGGGGUUCUCUGUGCAGCGUUCUCUGAGAGUGACAAGCACGUCUUCACUGGAUCACAGGAUAGAACUAUUAAAGUCUGGGAUGUUGCUAGUGGGAGUCUGUUAUUCGUCCAGUACGUCUACGCUCCUGUCACCAAAAUGUUGACCUACAGGAAUGGCUUCGUGGCAAUCUCCCAGCUGGGCUACGUCAUCAAGGAAGGCUUCCGCUGUCCGGAUGACGUCUGUCCGGAAUACAACCCACUCCGGAACGUCAACGCACAGUACAGGGUCACAUCCCGGCAGAAGAGUGCAGACAGCCCUCACAGCGUCAUCACAGAGAUCCCUGAGUACAAUCCUGCUCAGUUUAACUUCAUGGCCCUGAUGCUCAAGAGCAAACCCUCUCACUCAUGCCAACUGUUGUAAGGAAACUGACAUAACAUAACAGACAUAGUGUCAAUUGUAGAGAUCUAGCGUCAUAUAAGGUUAUAAGGUGUGCUGCUACUGUAUACAGUAAGUUGAGUUCAGUUUCCCACACUGAAUUAUAUGAAAAUAGGGGCUAUGUCUGUCAGCUCAAUUCACUUGCUUUAAAUCAGCUAUGCACAUUACUUAUUAUAAAACAUUCUGUGAAAUGUAGGAAUUUGUAUUAGCACAUGUUCAUCACAUUGGCACAUAGAGAUGACAAAUAUACAAACUGUUACAAAAUGCAGUGAUUAUGUGUAAAAGCAUCAAUAUACAGAACAUUUAAGGGCUAGUUGCUGUACAAAGCACACAUAUACACCGAGUGUACAAAACAUUAGGAACACCUGCUCCUUCCAUGACAUAGACUGACCAGGUUAAUCCAGGUUUAAGCUGUGAUUCCUUAUUGAUGUCACGGUUGUUGUAAGAGACGGACCAAGGCGCAGCGUUUGUUGAGUUCCACAUAUUUAUUUAAAGUGAAACUACUUCAACCAAAACAAUAAACAAGCAACACUACGUGGUGAAACAAGCACCAACAUAAACAAUAUCCCACAAACACAGGUUGGAAAAAUGGCUACCUAAAUAUGAUCCCCAAUUAGAGUCAACGAUUACCAGCUGAACAUAGAAAUAUUGAACUAGAACACCCCCUAGUCACGCCCUGACCUACUACACCAUAGAGAACCAAGGGCUCUCUAUGGUCAGGGCUUGACACUUGUUAAAUCCACUUGUCAUGGAAAUUACCACCAGGGACUCAGUCAAACAUUAAAUUACUCAUUCUUUAUUAUCAGCAAGCUGGAGAGGUUCCAACCAACUUAAUGCACCAUAGUACACGUUGGUCGGGAGAUCUGCCGGGGCAGUCCCGUUAGUUCUCUAUUAGUUAUAUUUGCAUGAUUUAGCUUAUUCAUAAUUAAUUCAUCAUUAACGUUUAGUUCAUGCAUGUGACCGACCAAUACCUCACAAGGCUUCUUCUCACCAAGCUAAGACCUUGAAACUGAGAUACCCCUUUCGAUUCUCAAAGCAAUGUUCUGGGCAUACUGCCAAAUUGCUUAUACUGAUUGUGAGGAUACCUCCCAGGCGCGAUCAAUCAGUCAAAUUGGUUCUUAGAAAAGCACAAACCAUAAAAUGUUCCUUCACACACUUAAAUCAGUGUAGAUGAAGGGGAGGAGAGAGGUUAUAUAAGGAUUUUUAAGCCUUGAGACAAUUGAGACAUGGAUUGUGUAUGUGUGCCAUUGAGGGUGAAUGGGCAAGACAAAAGAUUGUCUUGCCUUUGAACGGGGUAUGGUAGUAGGUGCCAAGCUCACUUGUGUGAGGGUGUCAAGAACUGCAACGUUGCUGGUUUUUUCAUGCUCAACCGUUUCCUGUGUGUAUCGAGAAUGGUCCACCGCCCAAAGGACAUCCAGCCAACUUGACACAACUGUGGGAAGCAUUGGAGUCAACAUGGGCCAGCAUCCCUGUGGAAUGCUUUCGACACCUUGUAGAGUCCAUGCCCCGACAAAUUGAGGAUGUUCUGAGGUCAAAAGGGGGUGUCUCUCAAUAUUAGGAAGGUGUUCCUAAUGUUUUGUACACUCUGUGUAGAAAAGUUCAUAUAUUGUAGAAUGCUAAAAUAAAAUAAUCUGACAUUUCCUGAUGUUGGAAAUCAUAUAUUUAAUAGUUAACUUCUAUGGGCUAGGUGGGACGUUUGCGUCCCACCCUAGUCAACAGCCAGUGGAAUCGCGUGGCGCGAAAUACAAAUACCUCAAAAAUGCUAUAACUUCAAUUUCUCAAACAUAUGACUAUUUUACACCAUUUUAAAGACAAGACUCUCGUUAAUCUAACCACAUUGUCCGAUUUCAAAAAGGCUUUACAGCGAAAGCAAAAUAUUAGAUUAUGUCAGGAGAGUACCCUGCCAAAAAU